UCCUAUUACGAGUACCCACCGCCUGCGCUGGCGAGUCGCGCCUCACCUCCAUUCACUGCAUCGGCCAGUUGUGCAAUGCCAUGCCUCUUGAGGAGCGAUAACAGCAGAAUAUGCACAAAUACAAAGACCCCGUAGAGGGCCCGACGCGAUCUGGGUCACCACCACCUCGUCCAAACCCCUUCACCCUCGCAUCUUUUGCUAUUCAAUCCUUCGCUUCCUUCCGGUCGCAGACACCUCCUCUACCUGCGUCCGCUGCCGGCCAUUCCCACUCCCAGUCCCAGUCGCCGGUUCGACGAAAGCCCCUCCCGGCAAACUCGCUCGUUAGCAAUCGCUUCUCCGCACCACAAGCACAACCGACCUUCCGCUCAAGUGUCGUCCAAGAUACAGAAAGUCACCAGUCCGAUUCAGGUCGACGUCCCCUUGCGAACCUGUCGCCUCCUUUAGACGACGCCAACUUCUUGCCCAGGAACCUAGACGACAACCCGCAUGGCAACACGCCUCUAAAGGGAACCGCCUCCAAGAGCACAUUUGCACCACGCAAGAGUUCGCUCUCCAUCACGACUACGCCUAUCCCCUCUGCACCGCGGCAUGAGAGAUCGGCCAGUAGCUUCCAACCUCGGCGAACAAACAGGACAGAGGAAUUGAGAUCGCAAGGAGGCAGGCCAUUGCACACUCGAUCUCCUACUAUGCCCAACAUGCCCGUGUAUACCUCAGACCCACGACAACCAGACCUCCGACUCCGACUGGAUGGUGUGACAGAAGUCAUCAUCGACGAAGACACCUACAGAUUGGACGAAGACGUAGCACGAGAACAAACGUCAUCAAGCAAGCCUAAAUCGCCAGGCGGCGGCUUCACAUCCUUCUUCGGCUGGAACGCAUCAAAGAGCCAGAACGGCGCAGAUUCGCCAGCCACUACAUUUUCCGAGAGAACGAAGCCCGAGGGCCUGGACAUCCCAGCGGCCCAGUCGUAUUUCAAUGUCCCUGGAACCCCCCUCUUCUCGUCGUCACCUCAGAUGAACGCCCACGUAGAGGAACUCGAGCGCGAGUUGCGCGAAAUAAGCUCGGAGCUUGCUUCUUCAAUACAAAGAGAGAUGGACCUGGAGGAUGAAGUCGAGCGGUGGAAGGCAGAAAGCUCCACCACUGCGCCAUCUGACAAUCGAAGGACCAGCGACUAUUUCUCAGAUUCUGGGACGAGUUCGGUUCGAUUCCCUAUUGGGGACCCUGAAGCCAAACUCGAAGAAGUCGAAACACUACGCAGGAAAGCAGAACAAGACCGUGCCUCGCUGAAAGUGCGUAUGGCAGAGCGGAUACAAGAAGAGCUUAGACGUCGGAGAGAUUUAGAGGAGCAAGUUCAACAUCUAGAGGAGCAGGUUAGCGACAAGUCGAGAGCUGGCUCAUUCUCAGAAAGCCCUAGACUCAGAGAGCUCACAACCUCGCUAGAAGAUGCUAAGAGACGUUUGGCUGAAGAGAGGCAGGUAAAAGAGAAUUUCGAAGACCUCCUAACCGCACUCCGCGAUGAACUUGAGAAGCACCGCAACGAGGCUGACGAGCUACGAGACCAAAUCGUUCCUCAGCUUCGAGCUCGACUCGAAGUCUUGGAGGUCGAGGCAGUCGACACGGAGAGACUUGUACACGAGACGACUCGCAUGCAACAAGAGAUAGAGCAUCUUCGAACCGAAAACCAGGCACUGAACAACACGCGCAAAUUGCAGCUCGAAAUGCCACAGCAAAACCUACCGUUCCAGCCCAUCGCCGAAGAAGCCAACGACUCCCCAACAACAACCUUGCGCGUCGGGUUGUCGCGCUCCAACUCCUUAGCUCGAAGUACUGGUGCAUUCAAGUCAAUGAGGUUGUCGCGAUCAAAUUCCGUCAAGGAUAAAUCAGGUGAAGCGUCUCCCAGAGAACAGGCUCCGGUAGCUGGUAAUCCAGUCAAGGAACUGGAAGAACAACGGGAUGCACUCCACAAAGCUUUGAAGCACCUGUUGCAAAGACAGGAGAUGCAACAGAAGGAAUUCGAAAGACGCAUCAGAGAAUUAGAGGCAGAGAGAGAUGUAGCUCUCAAUGUCACCCCCCGGCGAACUGCAUUCCAUAAGGAAGUCUCUGAUCUAAGACAAGAGGUCGAUUCGCUUCGACGUCGCGCCGACGAUGCGCUGGAGCAAAAAUACCAGUGCGAGAAAGGUCUAGGUGGAUUGCGAAUGGACCUCGAUCGCGCACAACAAGAGACGAGUUCACUUCGGGAUCUUCUCCACGAGCAUGAAAUUGCUAUUCCGGAAAUUCGCCUCGAAAACGAGCCAAUCUCUCUGGACAAGGCCUACAACGAGCUCCGUACCACUCAUGCACUCUCAAUCGCCAGUAUUCAACAACUGGAGUCAAGUGAUGGCGACUCGCUUGGUGCUGCUGGAGUUGAAGCGCAAAGGACGCUAGAUCUUCUGAAGCAGAGUAUCUCGGAUGCUGAGGCCGAGCGCGACUUGGCUCAGGAAGAGGCUGAGUAUUAUCGUGAACAAGCCCGAGAGCUGCAAAAGUCAGAAAUUGAGCAUCUGGGCAAGGAGCAAAAGCUCAGCAUCGAGUUGUUCGCCGCUGCCACACGCAUGGACGAGUUGUCCAACAGGAUACAACAACAACUUCAAGCUAACAGUUCUUUGCGCAAUCGCCUGACUGAAGCCAUCACUCGUGGUGAGAAAGAGCAACAAAAAUCAACAGAGCAGAUCAUCGAGCUGGAACGACGACUAAAGACGGCAGAAGAUAAGGUUAUGUUUGCUCAGCAGUCGUCGGAAGAUGCCAUCGCGAAGCACGAAGAGGAGGUACAGACACUAAAGGAGAGCCACAGCGACCACCUGCGUCGUGUGAAGUCUGGCUUGCUUAGUCCGGCUGCUUUCUCUCCCAAGAUGCCUUUGUCGCCUGUAUUUGCUCAACGAUCUCCUCGCCUCGACGUGACAAGCAGCGGGCCCGCUAUGACCAUGGCCGAGGCCACUAAGACAGAACUCCUUCAGAAGCGCGUAGAGGAGCUCGAGAAGGCUCUCAGAGAUGCUGACCGCGAGAUGGAGGAAGUUGUCGGACGCAUGAACUUUGCCCAGAUCGAGGUCGCUGAACUUCAGUUCGAGAGAGACGAAGCUCUCCGCUCCACGAGAAAACUCCAAGCCGAGAUAACCUCCGAGCGCGAGAAGGUCAAGGUCUUGAUGAACUCUACCUCGUAACUCCAUCACACCCGAUGUUGUACACUGGCCACGACGUUCUUGCCUUACUUGCCCUCCUCAACUUACUAGCUGUAUCCUCGACAGCCCUAGUAAUUCCACAACAACAUGUCCGGCGUUCUUUUUGAAUAUCGCAUUUCGGGCGUCACGAUUACAUGCAUUUUAUGCUUUACCUUACACAUUCGUUGCAUCCUGAGGAUACCUACUAUUUGUCGUGACCAGCAGUUUUGCGGUCAUCGUUCUAUACCCUCCAGCUGUCUACGAUGCCACAUACUUCUCCUUCAUUAAUGGCAACCCUGUAUACAUCGUGGGAUCGCUAAUUUGGGCUUCGAGCUUGUUUUGGAUGGCUUGU